AUGGCGUCAGCGGGUAUGGAGUGCUGCGAGUUGGUGGGCCUUAUGGGAGAUGUGGCCUACCAGCGUUGUAAAUUAUUACUUCAAGAACUGCGCAAGCUCCACCCGAUCUUCGUGUCGCCACUGGAUGGGAUGAUGGAAGUCGAAUAUCUCGAGUACUUGCAAAACCAGCAAGACAAAAUCCCCAAGAGUAAGCGUGCGGAGUUGCAGCGAGCAACUCGGCCGAUUAUUCUGCUGUUGGAUUCCUCAAAUGACAUGUUGGACGGAGAAGACGAGCUGCUUGACUUUGCCAUGGAGCGGACGCAGUUAUCAAGAAACGAACUGCUAGCUGCUGCUGCAUUUGGAGAAGUACUGGCUGUCGGUAGCGAAGAUGAAGGCAAUGAUAACUCCAGAAAAGACUAUGGCGAGAAACUGGCACUAGCAGAAGAAACGCUGGAGACGAAGGCGGAAGAAGCAGCCCAGCAGACUCUGACACGCUAUCGCGAGCUAUCAGGACACUUGUAUGCUUUCUUGGUGUUCGAGGUAGAUGGUGUGGCACUGCCUCGCGUUGAGCUGGAGCUAUUUCACGGUGUUUGUCCUAAAACUUGCAAGAAUUUCUUGGCACUGUGUGAGCACAAGGUCCCUGAUCUAACGGAUGAAAAUCAACAAUUGGGCUAUCAGGGCAACCCAGUUCACCGUGUAGUGCGAGGUGGCUGGAUACAAGCUGGUGAUAUCGCUGGUAAUGGCCGAGGAGACGGACCUUGUCGAUCUCUUUACGGUCUGGAGUUUCCAGACGAGAGCUUUGCUGUUUCUCACAAUGCUGCAGGCAUUCUGUCCAUGGCGAAUAUUGGUCCACAUACAAACGGCUCGCAGUUCUUCAUCACUCUCGCGCCGCAACCUUGGCUUGAUCGUCGUAAAGUGGCAUUCGGUCGAGUGGUAAGUGGUUGGCGGACUGUGAUGACUAUCGGAAGUCUAGAAACUCGUCAGGAACGACCUUGUGUGCCCUGCACCAUUGUCGAUAGCGGAAGACUCCAAUGA